AGUGUCCGGCAAUGUAGCGUCGCGUUUGUAAUCAAACGCUUUUAUAUAUUUGACGUUUUUUAUUUUAUUCCUUAAGCUUGAUUCGUACUUUAUUAUAUCCAGUGUGUUUAAAUAAAUAUCUCAAUCACACCUCUCAGUGAAUAUCUUAAAUGAAUUAUCAUACAUGUGAAAUGAAUGAACAAGUGGCAUAGUUAACAAGAUAGUCAUUUACAGAGAAUGUCUAAGAGCUAAAUUUUAUCAGUUUUGCUUUUGCCAAUCGCAUUUUUGUUUAACAAUAUUUUUAAUCAGUAUCAAUAGUAUAAUACUGUAUAUUAUAAUUUGAUACUUUUAAAAUGUUUAUUGCAUAAUACAUUACAAGGUGUCCAAAAUGAUGUCUUAUUUAUUGAGUGGCGUGGCAUUCUCGCUAAUUCUUUUAUUACCUGCAUUUGCACAAAAUAUUUUGUAUGGAGAACCAGCUUAUAAGUGCCCUCAACAUUGGAUGCACUUUCAAGAAUCAUGCUAUCGUUUUAUCAAGAGUCCAUUGAGACCACGAGAGGAUGCACGAAGGAACUGUCAAGCAUUUCAAAGUGAUCUACUUACUAUUAAUACGAUAGAGGAGCAUGGAUUUAUACUCUAUCAAUUGCUAUGGCAAGAUCCACAACAUCGUAGAUGGUAUACUGGAGCAAAACUACAGAGUGGGUUAUGGAUAAAUGAAGCUGAUAGUACAACCUUAAUAAAUAUGGAUAAUGCCUUUCUACCUGAACCCAAUGACAAUAUAAUAGGAAGAGAUUAUUUAGCAUAUUCCUAUUCUAAUAACCUUCAGCGUUGGGGACUAGAAAAAGUCACUGGUAGAGAAGAGCUCUUAUAUAUCUGUGAAGCACCCAUCGCUACUCUUCAUAAUUUGGUAGAUGAUGAUCGUACUUAUCAAUAUGGCAUUGAUAUUGAUAAUCCUCUUCAAAUACCUAGAGGACCAUAUUUUAUAAAACAACCUAUAAGCAAAGUAUUUGAUGUAUCAAAGAGAAGGAUAAAUAAUGAUGUUACCCUAAGUUGUCUAGCAGGUGGCUAUCCUACUCCAACCUAUGAAUGGUUUAAAGAAGAUUAUGAAAAUGAUCGGCUUAUUGCAACAAAAAUAGAUCCUCUUUCAAAUAGCAGAUAUACUGUGAGUGGCGGAACAUUGAUCAUCUAUGAGCCUGAACAAACAGAAGAUCGUGGCUCAUAUCAUUGCAAGGCUACUAAUAAAUUUGGUACAAUUAUAUCUGAGAGUGUUGAAUUGUCGUUUGGAUAUAUCCUAGAGUUUAAUUUAAAACGUUCUGAGGAACGUGGAGAUAAUCACUGGGGUAAAGCAGUAUAUUGCGAUCCGCCGCAACAUUUUCCGGGUGUAAAAUACUACUGGGCGCGAGAUUAUUUUCCCAAUUUUGUCGAGGAGGAUAAACGCGUAUUUGUUUCACAUGAUGGAGCGCUUUAUUUCUCCACAUUGGAAACGAUCGACCGAGGAAACUAUUCAUGCAAUGUUCAAAGUGUCGCAUCUGAUACCGGACGUAACGGGCCAUUUUUUCCGUUAAGAGUGAAUAUGCACUCCUCAUUUCAGCAGCUGAAAUUUCCUAAUAAUUUCCCAAAGGCAUUUCCAGAAGCACCAAUAGCUGGAGAGGAAGUUAGAUUGGAAUGUAUUGCAUUUGGAUAUCCUGUACCUUCAUACAAUUGGACAAGAAGAGGUUCUGUCUUGCCGCGCGGUGCGUACGCGACGAGUUACAAUCGGGUAUUAAUAAUACCCCGUGUACGUGUGGAGGAUCAAGGCGAAUAUGUUUGCCGGGUGUACAAUGACAGAUUAUCAAUUGAGAAUUCCGUGCGAUUAACCAUACAAGCAGCGCCUAAUUUUACUAUUCCAUUGGUGGACAAACACAUGGAUAACAGGGCAGAUCUAACCUGGACUUGUGAAGCAUUUGGCAUACCAGAUGUUACUUAUAGUUGGUUCAGAAAUGGAGAACUUUUGGACAUGUAUACUUUGCCGCCUGAAGAUAGGAACCGUUACACUAUACAAGAUAAUGUACUAAAUAUAAAGCAUUUGGAUCCUGAAAAGGAUCAAGCUAUGUAUCAGUGUCGUGCAAAAAAUCAGUUGAAGACAACAUAUUCAUCGGCACAACUUAGAAUCCUAUCAUUGAAACCUUCUUUCAAGAAGCGGCCUAUGGAAUCCGAAACAUAUGCGGCGGAAGGUGGUAAUGUCACGAUUGUAUGUAAACCGGAAGCCGCGCCCAGGCCGAAAUUCGUAUGGAAGAAAGAUGGAAAUGUGAUCGGAUCAGGUGGUAGGCGAAGAAUUCUGGAAACCGGAAAUCUCAUCAUUAGCCCGGUAUCACGAGAUGACGAAGGAACAUAUGUGUGCACAGCAACGAAUCAGUAUGGCAGCGAUGAAACUCGUGGACGAUUAAUUGUAUUACGUGGACCACAACUUAUCGAAAGAUUGCCACCACAAAUAAUUGUGACCUAUAAUUUUAAUCAGACAUUGCGUUGCUUGGGCCACAUAGACGAAAUGUUGGAUGUGGCGUAUAUUUGGACGCAUAAUGGUAUACGUAUCCGCGAUAAAGACUUGCAAAAUAAUCCACGGUGGCACAUUGAGGGUGAAUAUCUAGACAUUAUAAAUGCCACGUUCGCUGAAUCCGGCGAAUACGAGUGUAUCUUGAGAAGCGCUGUUGGUGAAAUAUCGAGCAAGACCAAUCUGAUCGUGCACGGACCACCCGGGCCGCCUGGUGGAGUGCAGGUUGUAAAUAUCGUGAAAACUUCAGCCACAUUACGAUGGACUGAUGGCGCCUUGCACGGCAGACUGAUAACUAUGUACGCAAUUAAUGCGCGUACAAAUUGGAAUCGCACAUGGUUUUCUCUCGUAGAAAAUAUUACAGCUAUCGAGAUGGAUAGAUACAAUGGCCGAAAAGAGGCGUUCCUUGAAAACGUUCUGAGUCCUUACACUAUAUAUGAAUUCCGUGUGCUAGCCUUCAAUGAACUUGGUUAUGGUCCACCAUCAUCUCCUUCACCUCAAUAUAGUACUCCGCCCGACAAACCUACAAAAUCACCGUCAAAUAUUAGUGGCGGUGGAGGAAAGAUUGGAGAUCUUACAAUUACAUGGGAUCCUCUUAGCCCAUCCGAGCAAAAUGGUCCUGGAAUCUAUUACAAGAUAUUCUGGCGUCGCAAAGGGCAUGACACGGAAUAUCAGUCGUUAUCUUUAAAGGAUUAUGGCAAUGUCGGUAGCAGCGUCGUGUCGAUCCAACCGAAGUAUUAUUACACGGAAUACGAAGUGAAAGUACAAUCGAUUAACGCGAUAGGCGAGGGUCCUAUAUCGGUAAACGUGACAGUGUACAGCGCGGAGGAUAUGCCGCAAGUCGCACCGCAACAAGUGUUUGCCAUGAGUUAUAACAGCACUAGCUUGAAUGUCAGUUGGCAACCGAUUGAACAAACUCGUGAACGAGUGCGAGGCAAAUUGAUUGGACAUAGAAUCAAGUACUGGAAGGAAAGCAACCGCGAAGAAGACGCUACUUAUUAUUUAUCGCGAACCACUCGUCCUUGGUCGUUAGUAGUUGGAUUGCAACCAGAUACAUAUUAUUAUGUAAAGGUGAUGGCCUAUAACUCCGCUGGGGAAGGUCCGGAAAGCGAACGAUAUUUGGAGCGAACUUACCGAAAAGCGCCACAACAUCCGCCGUCUUCGGUGAACGUGUAUGGUGUGAACCCAUCGACGGUGAGGGUCGUUUGGCGUUAUGUACAGCCGAGUUUCGAGGAGGAACCACUGAUCGGAUACAAAAUACGUGUAUGGGAGGUGGAUCAAGAUAUGAGCACAGCGAACGAUACAAUAAUACCAGGCGGUUCCAAACUGGAAGCCGAUAUCAAGAAUCUUAGCCCAGGCAAGGCAUAUCACUUAAGAGUGCUUGCAUUCAGUAACGGUGGCGACGGCCGUAUGUCGAGUCCCACCCAUACAUUCCAAAUGGGCGAUGCCGCAGCCUUUAGAAGCAGCGCCGGGAAUAAAAUUCUGGAUGCCGCUCUGGGGAUAACUUUCUUACUACUCUUACGGGUUUAUGACUAUAUAUAGUGUAAAGUUAUCCUUAAUAAUUAUGUAGGCCAUAAUAAGAUUUAACGGCUGUAAAUUUUAUACAGAUUUCUUAAAUGAACAAAUAUUUUAACAAAAAUUAAAAAAAUUUUAAAAUGAGAUUUAUAAUAAGAUAUUAUAGAUUUCUUCGUUCACACACACUCACAGAUCGCUUAAGCAAUUUCACAUAUCAGUAAACUAAUUGUUGGCCUAAAACUUAAUAUAUAUUUUUAUGUCAUUAAUGCGUUAUGUAAUGCAAUAAUAAACAUAGUCGUUUUUGUUUUUUAUGUUUAUCAACGAUAACUUAAUGUUGCAGUACUUCCACAAUUCUUUUUAAGAAGUAUUACAAUAAUAUGCCUCUACAAAGAGACUGAAAUCGAUCUGAAUUUUUGAUUCUGAUAUUUCGCAGAAUAAUAUGUGUGCUAAGUUUAGCAUAAUUUUUAUUCUAUAUGAUAGAAAAAAUAUUCUAUUUGCUUCUUUCUUAUAUAUAUUUUUUUGGCAUAUAUAUCAACAAUAUUUUAAAAUUCUCAUAAAUAAUAUAUUAUUUCUUUAUCAUAUUACUAAUUAUUACAUAUACAUGAAGUAUAUUAAGUAAAUUGUGCAAACUUUUAUAUAUGUUUUGUCUAUAUAUAUAUAUAUAUAUAUAUAUAUAUAUAUAU